CGCGUUUCCGGUUCCUGGGUCGGCCUCGCUCAGCGCUCGUUCGCUCGUCGUGUUGCCGCGUGAGCUGCCGCCGUGGUGCUAGAGAAGGAGGGAGGAGGAUGAUGAUGAUGAUGAUGGCGGAGCUGGCGCAGGGACAGGCCUCGGUAGCAGCAGCAGCGGCGGCGGCGGCAGCAGCAGCGGUGGCUCAGCCCGGGAUGAAGACAGACGGCUUCGCCGACGCUUUGCACCGGGCGAGACAGAUUGCGGCUAAAAUGGGCGGAGACCCGAUGCCCCAUCUGAACCACUCUUCUCCUGUUGUCGAUCCCUCAAUUUAUGGCUACGGAGGGCAGAAACGCUCCCUAGAUGAAGGAGUAGGGAACCAGCUUGGUGCAAUGGUACAUCCAAGGGCUAUAAUAACAGAAGACUUCAAAGUGCCUGAUAAGAUGGUGGGCUACAUUAUCGGUCGUGGUGGUGAGCAGAUCACUCGAAUCCAGUUGGAAUCCGGGUGCAAGAUCCAGAUCGCCGCCGACAGUGGAGGUAUGAUUGACCGGCCUUGCACCUUGACUGGGAGUCCAGAGAGCAUUGAGCAGGCGAAGCGGCUGCUCAGUCAGAUCGUGGAGCGAUGCCGGAACGGGAACGAAACCAGCCAGGACGUCCUGAUUCCCGCCAGCAAAGUGGGUCUCGUCAUCGGGAAAGGUGGAGACACCAUUAAACAACUGCAGGAGAGGACGGGGGUGAAGAUGGUCAUGAUUCAGGAUGGUCCCAUGCCCACUGGAGCCGACAAGCCCUUGAGAAUCUCUGGCGACCCUUACAAAGUGCAGCAAGCACGGGAGCUGGUAGCAGAGAUCAUCCGGGAUAAGGACCAGGGAGACUUCAGGACUGGACGACUGGGAGACUUCGGCUCAAGGCUGGGAGGAACCAGUCUGGAUGUGGCAGUGCCGAGGUUUGCCGUGGGCAUCGUCAUCGGCAGGAACGGAGAGAUGAUCAAGAAGAUCCAGAACGAUGCCGGUGUGAGGAUCCAGUUCAAACCUGAUGAUGGAAUCAGUCCAGAGCGGAUCGCUCAGGUAAUGGGACAGCCGGAUCGAUGUCAGCACGCAGUUCACCUCAUCAACGAGCUGGUUCACACAGCGCAGGAGCGUGAUGGCUUCGGAGGUCCUCUGGGUCCCCGUGGCCGUGGUAGAGGCCGCGCCGAAUGGAACAUGGCUCCGGGAGGACUGCAGGAAGUGACCUACACGAUACCGGCAGACAAGUGCGGCCUUGUGAUCGGGAAAGGUGGAGAGACCAUUAAAAACAUCAACCAGCAGUCUGGAGCUCAUGUGGAGCUGCAGAGGAAUCCUCCGCUCAACACCGACCCCAACGUGCGCAUCUUCUCCAUCAGAGGCACCCCGCAGCAGAUGGAGAUGGCCAGGCAAUUGAUUGACGAGAAAAUUGGGGCGUCAGGGAUGGGCGGCAGCAGCAGCUUCGGCCUCAGUCCCUUCACCCAAGGACCGAGCAACCCACACCAGAAUGGACCGCAGACUUUCAUGACAGGAGGUUGGGGAACUACAUACCAGACAUGGCAGCCUCAGGGCCAGCAGGACCCCAGUCACAAUGGCUCGCAGACGGGACAGAUGGAUUAUUCCAAAGCGUGGGAGCAGUAUUAUAAGAAGCUCGGUCAGCAGAGCCAAGCACAGAGCACUGGUUCCGACUACAACAAAGCUUGGGAGGAGUAUUACAAGAAACAGGGUCAGCCUGCAGGUCCUGGCUCUCAGCAGAGCUCUACUCCUGACUACAGUGCUGCCUGGAUGGAGUAUUACAGACAGCAGGGGGCUUAUUAUGGCCAGGGGGCACAGCACUCGCAGGCUCCAGGCCUUCAGGAUCAUUAGAGCGGAUACCUUUUCGUCGAAGAUUUUUGAAUGAUUCAGAAGAUGAAACAAACCUUUUGUAACAGAGGUUUCUAGAUUUGCAACGCCUUGAAGACUUUUUUUUUUUUUUUUUUUUUUUUUUUUUUUUCUUUUCUUAGUGAGAAACACUAGCUGUAGAAUGACUUAUACAAUUAAAAGUAAGAAAUAUUUCUAAAUCAGGAACGUUAAAAAAAAAAAAAAUUGUUACUAAAUACUUGUGUACACCAUUAUUUGAAUGAACAAUAUCCGGGAUUCCUUUUUGGGCAAACAGAGCUGUUUUUGUUUUGUUUUCUUAUUGUUUUUUUUUUUUUUUUUUUUUUUUUCUUUCUAUUCUAUCUUUUUAAUUCAAGUGAAAUGGCCAAAACGAAACCCGGAAUUGUGACAUUUCAGCAAUCGCAAUAUAAUCUAUUUUUUCUAGUUCUGUUGCAAUAAAAUCGUAAUUGCUGGCUUAGCAGUCUUGAAUCCACUUUUGUUUUGUUCUUGUCGUGAGAUGUUUUAAGAAUGUGUAAAAAAAAAUAAUAAAAUAAAAUAUUUUUUUUGGGGUUUUCUUUUCCUUUUUACAUAAAGCAAUUUUAAUUCAGUGUGAUAAAAAAAAAACUGUGAUAUUUUUGUUACAGGAAAAAUGUGUUCUUUUGUUACACAAUAUGACGAGUGAUGAUGGCGAAAGGCAGUCAAUUCCUAAUUUAAUUCCUCUUGUGUUUUGUAUUCUGUUUUUCAUUGUCAUUUUAUUGUACUCUGGUUUAAAAAAUAAAAAAAAAGGUGCAAUAUCUUAUUUCAUAUUUGAAACAAAGAUGGAUUUCUCUAAUAUUUUGACAGAUGUUUAACAUGUAGUUCUUAGAUUUAUUCUUUAUUAAUUUUUUUUCCUUUUCUUUUCGGCGUAUGGAAAUGUAACGGAUAAUUUUUUUAUUACCUUGAUCUGAUAUGGGAAAGAGUGGGGGGGGGGGGGGAUUGUGCAUCUUGCAUAUUGUGAGUUUAUUGCCUUUGCUAUCUUGUAAAACUAUGUAUGUACACUCAGAUACUUGACUAAAUACUUUAUUUAAAUAUAUAUGUAAUUAAAAAAAAAAAAAUCAAAGAAGUUUUUUUUUUUUUCUGUCCUCAUAGUCAUUUUUGCAGGAAAACUGUCCCUGUUUUUCUGUCGUUGUUUUCAUACUGAAUUUUUUUUUUUUUUUCUUUUUUUUUUUUUUUCUUCAAAGAUCGUGAAUGUGUAAUUUGAAAUUUGAUGUUGCAUCUUGAUGUUAUGGACAAAAAAAUGAGAACUGAUAGGUUUUUAUGUAUGUUCUGUACUUUAACCCAUUCAAGACUGCUAAGCCUCCAGAUCCUGUCUGUGUAUUAAUUGUAGUUUUUUAUAUUCUAAGUAUUAAGAUCAAAGUCGUCUUAUUUGGUACCAGCCGGCUCCCCGACACCCCUCCGCCAGUACACACUGUGGACUCGUGUACAGUCCGAUUGCUAAUAACUUUUUAAGUAAAAAAUUUUUUUCUUCUUCUUUUUCUGCUCUGUGUGAUCUAAUAUAUGUAUGAAUGAUUAGUUAUAAAUUGAAUCUAGUAUUAACUUCAUCGCGUAAUGAAAAGGGAUAUUAUAAUUUCAGAUGUUUAAUUUUAGUGUUUUGGGUUUUUUGUUUUGUUUAUUUUUCCUUUCCUUUCCCUCAUGUGUACAGGUAACCGUGUAUUAAAAACAUCAAAAGACUA